AUGGGCACAGCGUACGAGCAAGACCGGCGCCGGCCAGCCCUGAACGAACGCCCGGUGCCAAAUGAGCAACUCUUCGACCCACUCCCACGAUACGCCGCACCCUAUUCAAAUCAAUCGCAGUUGCCAAAACCAGUCUCGACCACAACAUCUGCGACGACUCUCACAACAACAAGCUCGUUCCGAUCGUCGAAUCCUCCAUCCUCCUUACCUUCGUCUGUCAGCUCAACUGCCGCGUCGGAUUCUACGCAUCCUCAGAUCAGUUUGCCUUUACCGAAACAACCCACACCGAUUUCCACAGCUUCGCCAGCCGAGAGUGCUGCAAGCGCGAAGAUGACGCAACAUAGCAUGAGCAUUCCAGAGCGGAUAAGCACGAGGGGAGGCACGAUCUCGGAUUUCAUGGCCGAGGUGGUAGCCUUGCAGUGGUUUGAGUCGACCAAGCUCCUGGAUAAGGUGGAAAGCAUGCCGACGAUCCACCGCGGCGCGGCGCUUCAACCUCUUUCCCCAACAGCUAUCGCAAGCCAACACCUCAAGAAGUGGCUGUCUGGCGUUUUGACGACAACCCAGGUCACGCAGAACGUGGUGAUCCUCGCGCUUCUUUACAUUUACCGACUAAAGAAGGCGAACCCCACGGUUAAGGGGCGCCCGGGAAGCGAAUAUCGGCUAUUGACGGUUGCCUUGAUGCUCGGAAACAAGUUCCUGGAUGAUAAUACCUACACGAACAAGACCUGGGCGGAUGUGUCAGCCAUCGGAGUCAAUGAAAUCCAUGUGAUGGAGGUCGAAUUCCUCAGUAACAUGCGAUAUAGCCUCCUUGUCUCGGCUGAGGAGUGGGAGCAGUGGCUCGACAAGCUGUCCAAGUUUUGGUCGUAUCUUGAAUUGGUGCAAAAGGCUGCAUCCCCGGUCCCGGCUCCUUCUCCGCUUCUGGUUCCUUCGCCGACUUAUCGCAAUUAUGCUUCCCCGCUGCACUCGCCCAUCGGGCCCGCGACCCCGGUUGUGCAGUCGGCCUCACAAUCGUUCAUCCUCCGUUCGCCGAAUCUGGCGCCGAUGGUUGCCAAUAACAAUGGUCAGAAUUGGCCCGCAGCGUAUGUGGCCAGCAACGCCACUUCGCCCUUGGCCGCGAAACCUCAGCCGUAUCUACAGCGCAAGCGAAGUUUCCCUGAAGCAGGCGACGCGACCGAACACCCCGCCAAGCGAAUGCAUCGACUUCCCGCCGGGCCUGCUGCUCUCUCAUCUCAGGCGCCGACGCAUUAUGCUGUGGCUGCCCCUCAGCCCCAUCUCGGCCUGCCGCACCCCACUGCGCCUGUGCCUGUUGCCUCGCGACUCACCUCAGGUGUGGUUUCGGAUCAGACGCGGCAGCAUGUGCCGAGCUUGACGUUAAAUACUGCACAAGCGACCGAAGCACCGGUCACGCAGGCCCAGGCCUAUGCAGCCUCUGCGUAUGCCGCUGCACAGGCUCCUUUGUCGCUCCCGCCUCUGGCGUCCGGGGUCCGGGCUAUGUCGAUGGUUUUCCCGACCACCACCUAUACCCCGCCCCAGUCAAUUCCGGCUCCUUCCGGCGCGAUGACCCCGACAGCGAGCUUCCCUCCGAUGAGCUAUGGUACACCCACCAAACGACUAUCACCACAAAGCAGCUUGGCAGCCUACCCCGGUUCCUCGCCGCUCGUUGUAGGCAACGGCACUACCAGUGGCCUGCACACUCCGAUUUCCAACUCGCCUUCAAUCUACCUCCAGCAGCGCAACAGUCCAUACAAGCCGGUGAGGCACGUUAACACGUUGCUUUAUCCCCCGCCGUCUGCCUUUUUGCAGCAGUACCAGCUGCCGAAUCCAGUGCUUCCGAACCAGAUGCACUACCAGCCUCUAGGCAAGCGCAACGAGUACCGCACGGGAAUUGUUCCGGACUUCCUCGACAGCGAUCACCGGAUUGCCGGGUACGCACUCCCGGCCAGUUCACAGGCCCGGUCGGCGUAUCAGCCCCCGGCUCCUGUUCGAUCGGGUGCCCCGUAUCUCAGGCAGUAUUAA